GGCAGAGCAGGGCUCUUGUCGCGUCUGUGCAAGUUGUUUUUGUCUCUACAAUGACCAUGUGUUGGCCACUAAGUCAGAAACCACUGCAAGACUCUUUGAUCGGAAAGUUUUUGUAAGUCUGACUCUAUUUUUUUGUGUUGUUUUCACAACUACUGCAAAUUUCUUAUUCAUAGUCAUUUAUUUUCUCUAUACUAGAGAGACUUUGAAUCGGUGGAAACAUACCUGAAAAUGGAGCCCUUUCCUGACCACUUUAUGGAGUUCCACCCCAUCCAUGGUACCAACGUCAGACUUGACAACUCAGGAACCCAGGCCACGCGGGUGGAGAGCUUUGCCAAUGGGGUGUGUUUCAGCAAACACCCACUGAAGCCUGGGGAGAUUUUUCUCAUAGAGAUUGAGGAUAAGGAGCUGGGCUGGUGUGGUCACCUCCGGAUCGGCCUGACCACCAGGGAUCCCAGGGGCUUAGAGGUGGUACCUGAAUACUCCAUCCCAAACCUGACAGACCUGGGAGACAGCUGGGUCUUUGCCAUCACUCGCAACCACAACAAGAUCAUAGAGGAUCCUGGGGUCCAAGAGGCCGCUGAGGGAGGACUGGCCGGGGGUCAGAGGCUGGGGCGGGGGGAGGUUGAAGAUGGCGCUGGAGGUGAGGGAAAGGCAGGCGGAGCAGGCAACAGCAUGAAUCCAAAGACUUUCUUUACUGACUCUCACUUGUACAUCGAAAAUUUUCGGAUCCCCAGAGACAAGCUGGUCGGUAGGAGCCGGCCUGGACGAUACAGCCAUAUACUGGACGACUUGUACAAGACUAACACGCUGCCUCCCACGGCCAGACGCAGCAGGAUAGGAGUACUGUAUGUGCCUAAAGGAAGAGACCUGGCUGAUAUGCACAUUGUUAUCAAUGGUGAGGACAUGGGAGCUUCUGCAAAGGGGAUUCCGACCAUCCAGCCUCUCUACGCAGUGGUGGACGUUUUUGCUGCAACUAAGUGUGUCCGAAUUGUCCAGGUGGAGUAUGGAUUCUCGUCCUUACAGACGUUGUGUAGGAAGGCCAUCCAGAAGCACAUCGUCCACAGGAUGGCCAUUGACUGGCUGGAGUUGCCAGAGGCGCUCAAGCACUUCUGCAUGUAUGAAUGAGGGCUGAAGACCUACAAUGGACAGAAAUAUCAUUUCUGAACUCUCUCCCAGUUUCUUCAGAGAAAACGAUGUUUAUUUUUGAACAUGAAACUUUGUGUUUCAUUUAUAAAAUAAAGCUGUACGUGUUUUGAUGGUAAUCCUCUUGAUACUUGCCAUCACUGAUAAAAUUGACAGCGUUUGUCUGAGAUGACAGCUGCUUACUGAUAGAAAUUCACGGUGUUUGUUAGGUGUCUGUCUGUGUGAUUAUGCAUCAACAUUCUCCUCACAGCGUAUGCAUUGGAAAUAACUGUGGUACGACUCAUCACUAUUUUCUCUCUUCCAAGGACCUUUAGAGGACUAACGAGAGUUGUACAAGAAAAGUGUGCCACAUCUUCAAGUUGUAGCAACGGACAACACAUCAGGUCACGUCUCACUGUAGGUCUAUGUAUGCAACAGUGAGGUGUGAUCGGCAUGUGUCACACUGAUGCAUUUCCUCAGACUUUUGAAUUUGCACAUC